GACGAACCCGCUCGACGACACCGUCACGCGCAACGCCUUUGGCCGCUUUGAAGCUGCGGCAGCGAAGCGCUUUCCGGAUGCUGCGGCCGCCGCCGAGGCGCAUGACCUGGCCGAGGCGGUCGGCGAUGCCGUCGAGGAGCUGCGUGCGUGGUUCGAGGAGGCGCAGAUCGAGGUCCGAGGCGCCAAGGCAGGGCAGGAGGCGGCUGCGGCAAAGGGCCGAGGCAAGGCCAAGCCGCGGCCUAAGGCAGCGCCUGCUCCGCCGAAGAAGAAGAGGUGAGUCCUUCGCUUAACCACAUGUCGCAUCGGUGCUGCUCGACUGCUGAUGACGCGAAACGCCACAGCAUCAAGCUCAUGUCUGACGACGAGGACGACAGCGACGAGGCGCCGAGCGCUGCGCCGACGCAGGACGAGGACGACAGCGACGAGGCGCCGAGCGCUGCGCCGACGCAGGACGAGGACGAGUCGAUGGACGACGCCGAAAUGAGCGACGACGAGCUCGCCUGAGCGCCCCCGCCUUGCCCUGCGCCGCCGUGUGUCUCAGACUUGUCGCUCUCGAUGCCGUUCUUCUUCGUGUACGCCCUCUGUAUGAUGUGUCAAGUCACGUUGCACCUGCUCGUCGUG